CAAAUAUGAGAGUUUUGUUUAAUCGUUCCUAUAUACAUCAAUGCAGAUUGGAAUCAGGAGGAUUAAUGGGCAAGAAGUUAUGGUGCAGUAAUGAAAAAGAAGGAGAAGAAAAGCUAGCUGAUAAAAUAAGAAAAAAAAUUGAAUGUUUCGAUGGCCUUUAGGGAAUCAUGCUUUAUCAUUCAAUAAGAAGAGGAUUUGGUUAAGGUUUUACAUUUGAUAUAUUGGAAUUACUCUUAAAUGACCUAGAAAAGGUGACCAAGGCAACUAUUUCUAUAAUGCUCUCAAUCAGUCUAUAUAAUCCUCAAUAAUUGAGCCAUAAAAUUCAAUAUUUACACUCAAAUAUCUAAAAGAAUAUGCUAAUUUAUCUAUAAUAUUAGAAAAAUUCAGCUUAAUAUAAAGUGGCUAAUGAAUAAUUAGAUAUUGACUAUCUAAAUUAUUCAAUUAAUAGAAUGAUUGCCUAAAUGAUAUCAUCAGUUACUUAAUCAUCUAGAUUUAAUGGGUAAAGAUUUAUUGAUUUAAUCGAAAUGAGAGAAUGUUAUUCCAGAUCCUGA